AUGAUGAACAGUUCAACAAAGGGCCCAUUGAAUUUACUUUUACUUUAUUUUUGACCUAAACCACCUCCAUCCUGUCGAAGUUGACGCUUCACUCCACAUCAUAUUCGCGAAAUCCUGGAUAUUAUCUCACCUCGUUCUCACGAAAUUCUCAGACUCGACAACCCUCGAGUGAUUUUUUUGAACUCCCUUACUUCACUCACUACAGCUCUGUUGCCUUCUCAGCUCUCCAACCCGCAAGGCGCCACGCCGAACACCCGUCAACCACGCCGCACUCUUUCAGGCACUGAUUCGUCGAGACUGUCUUCUCGCAGAACAGGGGGCAGGUUCCAUCGUUGUGCGGUUCUCUCACGAAAUUAGGGAGGGCUACAAUAUUGCUUCUUUGAACCCCCCACUUCCAAUUCAUCAUAACCUGAAUUCUGGUGCUCCUGGCACACGGAGGGUCUACAACCGCAUCACGGAACCCAGGCCGCCAAUAAUUCUCCGAAUCCUGUAAGGAGGGAAACGAAAUCAAAUCAAAUCAUCAUGUCUCAAAAUCAAGGAAUUGCUGCGUCUGUCCAGGCCAGGGCACAAGAGGUCGCCAAUGAGGACUUCCAACAAGCCAAGGAUCUGGUCAAUGAUGCCACCAAGAGUGGCGCGUACCUCUACCCCAUCAAGGGUAUCUUUUACUUCCUAACCCACCGCUCGCUCUGGAAGCCCUUGCUGUCUCGCAUUGGACCGACUCUAGCCCUCUCCGUGGGUGUCACGGUGCCCAUGUUCAUCCUCACCUACGUGCCACAGCUCACAGUAUUGGUCUUUGUGAACGGACCCGUUGCCGUCUUCACCACAGUGCUUCUGAUCCUAAGCGAAUCGUCUACCAUCAUUUCGGUCAUCUCGCGCAACUUUCUGCUGCAGGAAGCACUGCUCGACACCUUUGAUGGUACCUUGGUGGCAAGGGGCGCCACCAAUAUCGUGCAGGAGGGCCGGGAGCUCCAACCAGGUUCCGACCCCAUCGCCAAGCUCGGAAAAAUUGUCAAGUCUCCCUUUGAGCGCUUCAGCCCGAAGGCCCUGGUUCGGUACUUUAUGUACCUGCCUCUCAACUUCAUCCCUGUGGUCGGCACAAUCAUAUUCAUUCUCAUUCAGGGCCGCAACAGGGGACAGAGUAUUCAUGAUCGCUACUUCCAACUGAAGUCCUGGUCGGCUUCACGCAGGCGUGCUUGGUUGCACGCUCACACCGGAGCCUACUCGGCUUUUGGUGUGGUAGCCACACUCCUUGAGAUCGUGCCCGUUGCUUCAAUGUUCUUUUCAUUCACAAACGCAGUUGGCGCUGCGUUGUGGGCUGCGGACCUGGAGGCCCAGGGUACCCAGGCGACGGAGCCAUCAGACCAGCCUGCCUCGAGCAAUAACAAAGAUGACUGAACUUAUGGAUACGGAACCAGUCCGAAUCUAUAAAUGGAUUUCAAGUUAGUUUCCGCUUUUUGCGCGUUGAUUUUUAGCUUGAUUGCUUUGUAGCAUUUAGUCAUUGUUUCCCCACGAGCAAAAAAAUCGCAUCAUCCGCAUGCUGCCGAGCUGGCUAGGAUGAUCCAGUCGAUUUUGACUUGGAGCUGAUGGAUCUUUUUCGCGGGCAAGGGAGGAUGCAGCUGAGAAGUCUCGAGUUUAUUGAAGACCAUACACUUGCUGUCUGCGUUGUCAUUUUUCUCUUGGUGGGAUGCUUUUAAUCCAAUUUAUGAUUUAUGAUUGAUCAUAUUUUCCCUAUCAGCUCGAGGCCAAUCACUCCUUCGCAUAAGUUUAUUGUUUGAUCACUCUAGAUAGAAACAAGGCCCGGUAUUUCGGUUUCUUCGGUCAGUGUGUUCCGAACCCAGGUCUAGAUGCAUGACGCCCAGGAUGACCAGGGCUUUGUAGCCAAUGAC